AUGGGCGCCUACUACGACGAGAUUGAGAUCGAGGAUAUGGCUUGGGAUGACGAGAAAGCCGUAUACCACUACCCAUGCCCGUGUGGUGACCGAUUCGAGAUCUCCCGCAAGCAGCUUGCAAACUACGAGGACAUCGCGACAUGUCCGAGCUGCAGUCUGGUCAUUCGUGUGAUAUAUGACCCGGUGAGUGUUUUCACGACCUGA